AUGCAAUCGGGGUGGCAACAAUAUGUAUUUCCUGUGGCCCCGCGAUUUCAUAUCACCCCUCUUAUCUUCCUGCACAAUUGCUACGCAAGAAUGCGUAAAUUUGCAGACUGUAAAUCUAUGGCACCCUACGAGUAUCCGAACGCCAUAGUUUUCGAUCUAGAUUAUACACUAUGGCCACUUUGGUGUGAUACUCAUAUUAGUAUGCCCUUAAAAGCUCAUACGAAGAGAAAAGUAUUAGACCGCUACGGCACAGAGAUUGCCUUUUAUAAGGACGUCGAGCUGAUUUUUCUUGAGUUGGAGGCCCAAGGAGUUACAAUCAUAGGAGCAAGCAGAACCGCAACUCCGAGAGUAGCACAAGAGCUUUUGUCUCUUCUUCAUAUUGGCGAAAAGCCCGCGAUCAAAUACUUUCAUUCGCUCCAAUGGGGACAAGGUUCAAAGAUCAAACAUAUAUCGAAAGCUGCAAAAGAGUUACGAAUGACCAACGAGUUGAAACAGGGAGGAUUUGUGUUGUAUGAUGAUGAAUAUCGGAAUAGCGACGUGAAGUCGAUUAAUUGUACCUUCGUACACCUUGAUGAUGAAAGUAUAGGUCUAACUCGAACCAAUUUCGAGAAAGGUAUUGAAACCUGGAAGAGGAAGCAUGCUGUGACAUAA